UAUAACUUAUCUAAAGUGGGCAAUUUGUGUUAAUAGCAUUCAACAGUGAAGUUAUUGUGAAUGAUCUUUCAAGCCAUCCAACAUAAAUGUUAAUCUAUGAACACUGUCAAAAGCUCCGUUGGCAAUGCUGUUAGCCAUAUGAUUGGCGUUCUGAGAAAAAUUUCGUCCUCAGUAAAGUUACAUAUAAUUUUAAAUUGAUAAAAUAGAAAUACAUAAGUAACAUCUUAGAAGACCUAAGUAAUACAUCUGAAAACAGCAUUUUAAUAUGUAUCGGUUUAGAUAUUGAACAUAAAGCUGAUGUAAUACCGAUUAUAUUAAUUAGAAAUUAAUUGCUAUAAUUUGGGUGGAGAACGUUUUUUUGUUCAACAUUUUUAUACAUUGACAAUGGCGAGGGCUCCGCAAACAACCAAUUAUGAAACUUUAAUGCAAAGGCUGCGCAUAAGUGAUGGUUCAAAAACUCCAGGAGCUAUAGAAAACUUUAUACAUGAGAACUCGCCACAACAUCAACAAGUAACAGAAGAAUAUAAAAUUUAUGAGCGAAAUAAUAUAAUAGCCGCAUCAAAAUUUGCCACACCGAAAGCAAUAGAACAAUUAGCUAAUAACACUGCAAUCGUAAAUUCUACGUCAAAUACAACAUAUGAGCAACAAAAACAUCAAAACUAUUCCCCAGUUUAUGAAAACUUAGACUUUUAUGGCAAUGUUAGCUCAAAAUUUGAUUCCAUGCACAAACGUGCUCAGCCGCAAAGUCCUGCAAAUGCAACCAAUUCCUCAAAAAGUCAUUAUUUAGUAAUGCAAGCAAGUAAUAGUGGCCGCUAUACGCAUACACCAGUUCCUGAACACGAUGUGGUGCCAAUUUAUGAAAACCUCAUGCCACAAUCUGGGCAACGUGCUCAACCACAAGCUUCACCAGCAACAGCUACAAUAUAUCAACACACCGAUAUUGCACCAAGUGUAGGUAAUAUUUCAAAUACAGUGCCUCAUCAUGCUCGAGGUAAUUCAGGUCUUGAUAUGUCAUCAUUACUUGCAUCGCCUAUACAUCGACGUAGUACAUCAAAUUCAUCGUUAAAAUCAGCUGCAAUACCAACGGCAGUUGGCACAUUACCGUUUCCAGCACAACGUUAUCGGAAUUUAUCAUUGCCCAGCCCAUUGGGAAAUGCAUCACCGUCGUCUCCUUCAAAAUCAGUGUCGAGUGUAGGAUCAAAUGACUACAAACUGUUGCAACAUACACCAAUAAAAAAUUUGCAACAUCCCAUUCCAACAUAUCCUCCCAGUAUUAAUGCGGCUGUAAAUCCAAAUUAUAUUGAAGAUAUUAACAGUUCAGAUUAUGUUUGCAUGACGGCAAAUCUUAAUCGUACACCAACGAAACUUGCAGUAAAUACUGCAACGAUGGCACAACACACAAAUCCACAAAACGAUGCUCCAAAAAAACUGCCAUUAUAUACCUCAAAUUGCCCAAACAAAGAAAUAAACAUGGCAAUAGAAGAUUGCAAUCCUACCGAAAUCAAUGACAGUAGAGCUAUAGAUACAGUCUUACCGCAAACACUUAACAGUUCCAUUGCUGUGGGAAAUAGUGGAAGCAAUGUGCCCACAACAACUUCACCUACUCCAUCUCAGAAUAGUACAGUCCAAGCAAACAUCAAUAGCACAACAACGAGAAGAGGACUCUCGAAGAAUUUAUUGCCAUACAGUGUUACACAGAGAUCGGCUGGGCCGACAGAAGCUCAACGCAAAAUUGAGGAAUUGACACGUCAGCUAGAAGAAGAAAUAGAGCAAAGUGAAGAGCAUGGAGAAUACUUUGGAAUAUGUCACACUUGUGGUGACAAAGUAAAGGGAGCCGGACAGGCAUGCCAGGCAAUGGGAAAUCUAUAUCACACAAAUUGUUUUAUUUGUUGUUCUUGUGGACGUGCACUACGCGGCAAAGCGUUCUACAAUGUCCACGGUCGCGUAUACUGUGAAGAAGAUUAUAUGUACUCUGGUUUUCAGCAAACUGCUGAAAAAUGUGCAAUAUGCGGUCAUCUUAUCAUGGAAAUGAUUUUGCAAGCUAUGGGCAAGUCAUACCAUCCAGGUUGUUUCCGUUGCUGCAUCUGCAAUGAAUGCUUAGAUGGGGUGCCAUUUACAGUAGAUGUGGAUCAUAAAAUUUACUGCGUUAAUGAUUAUCAUCGUAUGUUUGCUCCAAAGUGUGCAAGUUGCGGCAAAGGCAUUACACCAGUCGAAGGUACAGACGAAACUGUGCGUGUUGUUUCCAUGGACAAAGACUUCCAUGUGGACUGUUAUAUAUGUGAAAAAUGCGGUAUGCAAUUAACUGAUGAACCGGACAAACGUUGUUAUCCAUUAGAUGGACGUUUGUUGUGUCGCACAUGUCAUUUACAACGUCUGACUUUGCAAUCUUCACCACAUGCAAGACAUCAGGAGCCUGUCUGUGCCUCUUAUCAGUUUAUGGGCUAAACUUCAAGUGAAGCAUAUUGAAGUCACAAAUCUACUAAGACAAAACUAUGCAAUAUUCCUCAUAUUUUAUAAUAAAAAAAAGUUUUUUAUGUAGUUUAGAAAACGUUAAGUAAUACCUUACUUAAUAACACUUUGACUUUAAAUUUAAUAAUAAUUAAGAUAAUAUUUUACUUUAAAUAAAAGACACACAUUUACAGAUCUUAAUAUUAAAUGUAAUACUUAAAAUUUUAUAAAAUGAAUUAAAUACUCAAUAAAUUUAUAUAAAAUUC